GUGGGGGUGGGGUAAGGGAUACUAUUUACCCCUAAAAAUAAUUAGGUCAUCUCGCGUCUCUGCUUCAGUCUGCUCCCUACUGUCGACACACUGGACUUCUUGUUUGACUCAGGGUGCUCUUCUCAAUUCAGUUUAAACGCCUUCUCUUUCCUUAUUUCCUCCCUCAAGCUAACCUUAUCCCUGGCACUCAUUUCCUCUUCUUUGUAAAACUUUUUUUUAACCGUUGACUCGCGUGGUCGAUGUCCGGUCCGAUGUCUCUCGGGGCGGUGCGGUCGGACGUGAAGAGUUCGUGGAGCAGGAGUCUGGACCACAGCUUGGAUGCAGAGCCACAGGAGCCGCCGCCGCUGCGCAGUUACCUGCUACUGACCAUCUUCACCUGCUUCUGCCCGGCGUAUCCGGUGAACAUUGUGGCCUUGGUGUUCUCUGUGCUGUCUCGUAACAGUUAUGAUCAGGGCGACUAUGAAGGCUCCCGCAGGCUGGGGCGGAAGGCCCUCCACGUGGCCAUCGCUUCCAUUGUUAUCGGCAUCCUGAUCAUUGCCAUCUUCUGCAUUGUGCACUUCACCACGAUGGAUUUUUAGAAUGAUAUACGUGUGUGUUUGGGGGAGAGCGAACUGGAUCUGGGGAGGGACUGAUGAUUUGGGGGCUCAUUAAUGUGAGUGGACCCGUCCAUUUCAGUCUCCGCCCUCAAGAACUUUACAAUUCCCCAAUUCAUCCUCCGAGACUGCGCUCAGAUGACCCUCUCCCUACCCCCAUCCCCCACGCCAACAACCUAUGACACGGCCCCUUGGUGAAAUCCAUGUUGUUUGUCUUCAUGAUGUAGUUUUCUAUGAACUGUGAAAUGUGUGUGCUGAUGUCUUCACACACACACACACACACACACACACACACACACACACAAACACUAACACAAACACAUGGCUGGAUAUUUUUCUACAGUUUACAAUGCAGCUAAGGUGCAGUUUGGGUCUUCCUGUGUCUGUGAGUCCUUGAAAAUAUGUCAGAGAAAGUGCUGUUAUAGCUAUGUCUAUAAAAAGAUUUUAUAAAAAUAUAAAUAUUUUGUAAUUAUAUAAAUCAUAUAUGCAAAACUUAUUUCUCUUUCUUAUACUUUCUCCUGAAAACUAGAUACAGCGUUGAAGUCAAGUGAAUAUAAAAACAGAAAAUAAAAAUGAUGUAUUUUCUGAGAGUACAGGUACAGAGAUGUCAGUACAGGAGUAUAAGGAACACCAUUUUGGUGAGUUUUCCAUGACACAUAUCAAUACAUGACAACGAUUUGACAUUAGUUAGUUAGUUAUGAAUGAUUAAUGCCUCAUACAUUUUGGUGGGAUUAUGCUAUUUUUGAGAAUUUCCUGCGUGGAGUUAUGACCUGAUUCAGAUUUCCAAGUCAUUUUCUUGGGUGUGAGUGUUUCUGAUUCUGAAGGUUUUUCAAAUGAAACAUUACCCUUUCUGUCCGCGGAAAAAAGUACAUUACAAUCAUGUUAAGAUCAAAAUAUUUAGUGAAAAAGUUUCCACUUCCCAAUUUCACACAAUAUCCUCCAUGUAUUCUAGGUGUCACAAAACAUAUCUGGCAAUACGUGUUCACCCUUAAAAAUGAAUUGGGCAAUCACUUAUGUUAUAACUUAUAACAAAAUGUGGCACAAUUUGACAUACAUGACACACAUUAAACAAAUUACAAAUUACACAUUUUUCGCGAUGGUCAUUUAAAUCAAAGUACAGUACAGUAAUAAGGUAUCAGCUGAUUGGGUUGCAGCUAUUAUACCAAGUUAGAUGAUAAUUUAUUCAGAAGAAUGUACUAUCACGGGACUCCACGAGGUGCCUAAUUUUACGAUCCAGUUUUGCCCGUCUCUGAUGUGGUCGGAGUGGCGGGCUGUGAUUGCACUUGUUACACGUGUGUUUACUAUGUAGCAGUUUGGUUGUGUCUAUAAAAAGUAUUAUGUAUUUUGGACUCAUUGUAAGAUAUUAGACAAGACUUUUUGAGAACAUGUACAGAUAUUGCGUAUUAAAUUGAU